AUGGGAGUACAAUCAAAUGCAGGAAGCGAAAACUCCUGCCAUUUUCUAAGCAUUGUAUCACCGGGUUCUGCUGCGCCCAGUCAGGCUGCCUCCAACUUCAAAAUUGGUGCCAUUUUUCUCAAAUCUAAUACACUAGCCACUUCAAAUAAUUUGCAUAAACACAAGCAAAGGCAACAGCGACCUCAGCACUCACAUUUGCACAGAUUCCUAAAGUUUUUGCCGGGGUACCGAAGACGAACCAGGCAGUCCUGCAGCCAAGCUGACGUCCCUCUGAACGAUGAUCUGAACAAAAUUCUAGAUUCGUUAGACGCAGAGGCGAUAUCAGCACUAAGAGCUGUGGAUAUACAAGCUCCUCAAAAAUCCCCUCUAGCAUCGGCGGAAAUGGCCAUGUUAGCAGGACAGUCAAGUUUAUACAGUAUUGAAGCUCAGGGUGAGCGCGAAGAUGCUGAUCCCAAUCAGAAUCGAGAUAUUCACCAAAAGGGGCUAGAAAAACGAAUGGAGGCGCUAGAAUUACAUGCUAACUCUAGCGCAACAGCAAGUGGCCUUUCGUCGACAUCGUCAGUGGCUUCGUCUGCUGGACCUCCUGAGGGCAAAAAUCCAAAUAAUUCCCGUCAAGACUUGGCACGGACUCAGACUGAAAGAGAAUCCGUUAUAGUAGCGUUAAUUGACCAUCAAAGUCUGAAUAACUCCAUCUCAGGUACUCCAAAGCUUGGAGUAAGUUGUCUUUCAGAAAACGAUCCCGGUGUGUUCGCCCCAUCAAAGGUUUAUUCAGAUGAUCACUUCAGAGCAGGGCUUUUAUGGGAAGCAUGCACAAAGGAAAAGGUUGUAUAUUGUAUGCAGCCAAGUCUUAUUGCGGCAGUGGAGAUCUGUGAACAAAGACUCGAACGCCUAAACAAUCGUCUGACGCGACUCAGAAUCUAUGAUUCAUCUAAUGCAAAUACAACUGUAGCCACCAAAUGCAAUAAUUGUAUCCGCCAUCCUGUUCAUAUGUCUAAGGCUUCCAUUGUAUCACCAAUCGUUCCUCCAAGCCAUCUCUCGGGUUCUCAAGAUGAUUUGCCCAAAGUGCCUUAUGAGCCAUCUUACUGCCUUUCUGAAUGCAAUACAGCUGCUUCAGUAAGGACACCCACUCUGACCAACAGCAAGGCAAUCACGACUGUUGGAAGUUCUUCAGAGCCACUUAGCCAGACAAAGCUUGAUGUUUGGCAAACCGCAGGCCUCAGCAACAGCGACCAGCAGGCUAAACUGCUUGAGAACCGUAUGCCUUAUUUUAUGGGCAACGCUCCUGUUCUCCCCAAAGACGAGUUAUCUAGUAUUUCAAUCUCUUGCCCUCCUUUAUCUUCCUUCCAUUCAAGUGUUGACACUUCACACUCUAGCAGAGCUGCCCUUGAAACCUCAUGCCCACUCUCUUCUGCCGAUGGUUGCUCUUUAGUCGACCCUGCUCCAUCUACCUCGAAGGCGACAAUUUCCGAAUGCAGAAAAACUUUUGUUCAGCUCGCUGACAAUGAAAAUGCACUCAAAACCACGCUUAAGCUACCCACUGGUGCUACUUAUUCAACCAUCAUUCCUAGUUCACUUGGUGCACCAGUGCCUUUAAAGUUAGGCGAGCACCUGGAAGGCCAAUCAGAUGUAGUGAUUGAGGAGAAAUGUGCUACCACUAGUCCCGAUAAACUUUUUGGAAUUGCCGGCUAUUCGAUAUGUAGACGAUUAUCUGGAGUUGGCGAUCUUCAAAAUAAUGCGACUCUCGAACGAUUGGAUGAUCUUAGACACCGUCUAGACAACCUACGUUGGCAACUAGAGGUAGGCCUUACCAAGUUCUUUCUAUGA